AUGAAACUUAUUAGCCAAGUUAAAGGAAAUGGCAAUAACUCGGAACAGAUCACAUUGCUUCCUCAGGACAAAGAAGAUCUCUUCAGCUUAUACAAUAUCAUAAACACUGACGACGAGCUGAUCGUCAAAAAACUGGUAACUGACAAAGUCGACAGCGCAGGGAAAAAGAAAAACACCGAGCUUGUUAGAUUACGAUUGAAAGUUGUAUCGUCCGAAUUCGAACCCCAACAUGAGUUUCUGAGGUAUAAGGGGAUCACCACAGAAGAUGAUAGUGGCAAAGCUAACAUUGAGGUUCCAACAGGGAAGUUCUUUAGUUUCACGCUGAACUACAAAUACCCUUUCACUCUGAUCAAAGAGGACUACAAUUCUUUUGUCGCAAAGCAGCUCAAGGAUGCCUGCAAUCCGGAAAGUCGUUCGGAUAUUGCCGCCGUUUGCCUGCAAGAAGGAAUUUCUCAUAUAUGCUUGCUGAGUAGUUUCAGCACGAUUAUAAAAAACAAAAUUGAAUAUAGCCUGCCGAAGAAGAAAAGAAGCACCGAUGUGGCUAAAUUUGAUGAAAAGGUUGAAAAGUUCUACAAAGGAACUUAUGAGUCUAUGAAAAGGCAUUUCGAGUUCGAGAAGCUGAAAGUAAUCAUACUGUGCUCCCCUGGAUUUUACGCUAAAACACUGUUCGGUAAAAUAAUGCAAUACGCGCAGGAAGAACAAAACAAGCUUAUUCUGAGCUCGAAGUCGAGAUUUUUGGUGGCUCGUUGUUCCACGGGAUACUUGCAGGGAAUAAAUGAGGUUUUGAAAAAUCCAGCUUAUGCUUCGAAACUCCAAGAUGCAAGAAAUUCAAAAGAGGCUCUAAUAAUGGACGAGUUCUUGCAACAUCUGAACAAUGAUGACUUCAAAGCGUGGUACGGCGAAGCAGAGGUAUUGAAAGCUUCAGAAAUGUGUGCAAUCGACACACUUUUGAUUACGGAUGGAUUGUUACGCGCUGAUGACGUAAAAAUCAGAAGAAGAAAUGUCAAUCUCACUGAAGCUGUGGAGCAAUCCGGUGGCACCGUGUACGUUUUCAGCUCUUUACAUAGUUCUGGUGAAGAGUUGGAAAAGCUCACAGGGCUUGCUUGCAUUUUGAAAUUUCCAGUUCCAGACCUCGACGAGGACUUGGAAUCUGAUUUCGACUCCCAUCCAUAG